AUGCCAGGAACAGUACACCUGGUAGUGAAAGAAGAUAUUUCCCACAACUAUCUGUCCUCCACGGAAAGUUCCAGUGCCAAUGAGGACAAGGUCAAAGCAAAGCUGAAGGACAUGGAGUCCAAAGGUAUCAUCGAGAAGAUGGACGAACCCAGUGACUGGGAUAGCCAAAUGGCAGUGACCGUGAAGAAGAAUGGGGACCUUAGGAUCUGUAUAGAUCCGAGACCUUUGAAUAAGGCACUCAAGAGAGAGCAUUUCCCCAUGCCGGUCCUGGAUGACAUACUACCAGACCUUUCAAAGGCACGAGUUUUCAGCCGUCUCGAUUUGCAAGAUGUGGCCAACGUGGCCAGUGUCAUGUGGUGGUCUGAAAUAUUCCAGAAACGUCUCAAGACAACGCUAGAAGGGCUGGAGUCUACAGAAUGCAUUGCGGACGACAUCAUCGUGUGGGGCGGUGGUGACUCGAUGGAGGAAGCACGUAGGGACCACGACAAGAACCUAGAGGCUCUAAUGUUCAGAGCCCACAAACAAGUGAAUUACCUGGCCCGGUUUCUGCCUCAGCUGUCGACCGUGAUGGAGCCCAUUAAUAGGCUGACCAAGGAGGAUGUUGCUUGUCAUUGGGAGCAUGGACAAGACCAGGCUUUGACGAAGAUCAAAGACAUGAUCUGCACAGCACCAAUCACAAUCCUGGAAUAUGACAUUGACCUGAAGUGGAGACCUGGGAAGGAGAUGCACGUCGCAGAUAUGCUGUCCAGAUCCUACCUACCUAAAUCGACAGGAAUGUCAGACAUUGAGCAGGUAUGCAUGGUAGACUACUUGCCGAUCCGAACAGAAAGACUCGAACAGCUCAAACUAGAGACAGAAAGGGACGAGACAUUGCAGCUCUUGAGGCUAGUGAUUCUGAAGGGAUGGCCAGAAGAGAAGCAUCAAUGCCCUACCCAGGUAACGCCAUACUUCAGCAUACGUGAUGAACUGAGUGUACAGGACGGUCUGAUAUUCAGAGGCGAGAGGCUCGUCAUCCCUGCAAGCAUGAGAGACCAAAUGAAGAAGGCUAUUCACACCUCUCAUUUAGGGGAAGAGUCGUGUCUCAAAAGGGCCAGAGAAGCACAAUACUGGCCAGCCAUGAACGCGGAAAUCAAGACCUUCAUAUCAACUUGCGACACAUGCCGCAACUAUGAAACCAGCCAGUGCAAAGAAACUAUGAUGCCACAUGAACUACCUGACAAAGACUACCUGGUGACGUCAGAUUAUUACACCAAUUUCUGGGAGGUGGACAGACUGAAGAGAAGCAACUCUUCAACUAUCAUCAGCAAACUGAAAAGGCAUUUUGCCAGACAGGGAAUACCAGAACAGGUUAUUAGCGACAAUGCUCAAAAUCCGACAUCCGAUGGAUUCCAGAGAUUCGCGAGAGACUGGGAUUUUGAACACGUCACCGUGAGUCCGUACAACAGCAAGGCAAAUGGCAAGGCGGAGUCAUCAGUGAAGGCAGCAAAGCGGAUGCUACGGAAGGCGAAGAAGUCCGGAACUGAUCCAUAUCUCGCCCUGCUGGAGAUUCGCAACACCCCAACACAAGGAAUGGGCAGUAGCCCCAUGCAGCGUUUGAAUAACCGUCGGGCACGCACCCUGUUACCAAUGACACCGAACCUACUCAAGCCUCGAAACAGAGAGAGAUCAAAUGCAACAGCUGUAGAAUAG